UCGAGGCUCCCUAUAUAAAGCUGCAGAGCGGCUCUUCGCUCACACACCGAGAGGAAGAUCUUAGAGAGAACACAUCACUGAAUCCGUCACUGACAGCCUUUAUUUCUGUUCACAUUUAUUUACUUCUUAUUGUUUUAUUAUGGGUCUUAUCUUCUCCGCCAUUUUUUCACGUUUCAUCAACAAGAAGGAGAUGAGAUUGCUGAUGGUUGGUCUGGAUGCAGCCGGAAAGACUACAGUCCUCUACAAACUCAAACUGGGGGAAGUCGUCACAACCAUUCCUACUAUUGGCUUUAACGUUGAGACGGUCGAGUACAAGAUACUAUCAGAACAUCUCAGUGGAUUACUGUUAAUAUAUUGUGUGUUGGUGCAGGGCCUCAUCUUUGUGGUGGACAGCAGCGACCAUGAACGCAUCCAGGAAGCUGCAUUAGAGCUGCAGAUGAUGCUUGAGGACGAUGAGCUGAGGGAUGCCGUUGUGUUGGUUCUUGCUAAUAAACAGGAUUUGCCCAAUGCCAUGCCGGUGCAGGAGAUGACCAAGAAGCUCAGUUUGCACGCCAUGAAGGGACGAGAUUGGUACAUUCAGUCGACCUGUGCAAGAAAUGGAGCAGGUUUAUAUGAAGGACUGGACUGGCUUUCAAAUCAGCUCUCCAAACGAUAAAAUCUGAUCCGUUGCACUAAGUGAAUUUAUUUGAAAAAUACUGUACUGUAUAUAAAUGUGCCAAUAACACUGUGAAUAUUAUGAUAAU